CCCAAAAUCGAUCAAAAUGGUGAAUCCCAGGUUUCGGGUUUAUGCCAGCAGUUACAAGCAAUUCAAGUCUCUGGGUCAUCCCAAUUACAAGACGGUGCCCGAAAAUGAAGUCCUCGAAGGCCACGUGGCCCUGGCCUUCGCCAGAGACUACGACAGUCGUGGGAAAUCCACGCAUGGAGAUUUCCGUCCCUAUUUCAAAAUCACCGACGUCACUCCCGAAGACAUCCGCCGAUUCAAAAACAACAAUAGCAAGUUCAAGUUCUUCCUCAGCAUCGGAGGCCGGAGCCAGAAGUAUCCCUUCUCUCUCACCAUCGAUGACGUUGACAACGCCGCCGCCUCCCUCAAAAAGAUCAUCCACAACUACCAUUUCGACGGCAUCGACGUUUACUACCAACACAUCCAUCCUCAAGUCCAGCCCGAGCAGUUUAGGGAGGUUCUGACGCAGCUCAUUACGCGGCUCACGAGCGAAUUCCACAAUCUUGAGGUUUCCAUCACCGUGCCUCCUCCUCUCCAUGACAACUACUACAAGCCUCUGUUCGAUGAUUGCCAGGAAAAAAUCCACCACGUGAUUUACCAGACCCACUCCGCGGCUGAGAAGGAUCGUGUUUCCAAUGUUCACCAGCUCGCGCUCAAAUUCAAAGGCCUCCUGUAUCCCGUGGACAAGCUCUUUGCUGGCUAUAGCAUCCUCGACACCGACUGGAAUGUUGUCCCGUUGCCCGUCUUCCGUGUGGCCGUUCAUAAGCUCCUCUCGGACGGCCUCGUUUCUGGGCUCUCCGACUGGGCUGCCAUCUGCUGUGACGACCCGGAGAAGUGAUCCGCUACACGCCGACCAUGGCUUUCCUUGUGGCUCAUACAUAUACACACUACUAAAUAAAGUAUGCAGCGCACCAACCCUGUGGUCCUGUGCCUGCUUUUUCUGUAUUUAUGUCCAUGUUUGAUGUUUUGCACAAGUUUCCUUGGCUUCCGUCUCGCGUGUACGUGCAUGUUAUUUUUGCUUUGUAUCUUUGCAUGGGUUGUAGUAAUAAAAGUAUCCAGUUG